CAUGAACCUUACGAGGGACUCUUGUGUCGAUGGGGUUUGCUGGCCCAGCAGCUUUGAUCAACUCGAGAGUUUUCUCUCCACUACCAACACUUGUCACUUGAUCUUUUCCAGUCAUCAGGCGUGACCUAUCAACACGGGACUUCGUGUCUGGCCAUCAGAAGGUCUGGGAAGCUCUCACGAAGAUUCCAUCUGCAAUGUCAGCCAACGAGUCGAAGCGUCGCUCUGAACCUAGACCACUGGAUAAGACUACGGCUUUCAAUUAUCAGCCUUUGGAAGAAAUGAUCGAGUGCACGAGAUUCUUGAGUAUCCACCCUGCGAAGGAUGACAGCGACCCUAUCAUAAGUUGCGCCUUGAAUCACAUUGCAUUCGGGGAAAAGCCAAGCUACGAAGCUUUGUCAUACAGAUGGGGCGAGGAGGCUUCUGUGCACACAAUUAUACUCAAUGGUCAUACAUUCCUCGUGAGGAAGAAUCUUUACGAUGCUCUUCUCUACCUUCGGAGUAGAGGCAAUUGUGGUCUCCUGUGGGUUGACGCGAUCUGCAUUGACCAAGAGAAUGUGCAGGAGCGCAACAGGCAGGUUGCCAUUAUGAGACAUAUUUACUUCAGAGCACAAACAGUCGUUGUUUGGUUGGGAAGUAGUUAUUCACAAUUUCAAGAGGAAAUGGGCCCUCUUGAAGCUCGCUUUGCUUCAGAAGAGAGCACGAUGGAUGAAAGCCCGACCACUGCAACGGAAUUCGGCGACCCCGACGACGGACACGCGGCAAGUUUAGAAUGCGAGCGCGAAAUGGUGCUUCGCUUGGCGAAAGACGAGUACUGGAACCGAGUCUGGAUCAUUCAGGAGAUAGGACAAGCAAGGCAGAGGCGAGUCUGCUUCGGGAACAUGGAGUUGAGUUGGGGCAACUUCAUCAGGAUGAUGACCCACCACAGCGUCACGACUGAAGGGCCUCUUCGGUUGAACCAGCAGGUCGAACAAAAAUACCAGGGCUCUCAUACUUUGAGACGUCUUCUUUACGAUCACCAGAAGUCUCGAUGCCAAGACCCAAAAGAUAAGAUCUUUGGGCUGAUUGGUUUGGCAGUGGAUGGCCGUGGCUACCCCAGCCCAGACUAUGACAAGUCACUGCUUCAAAUUUGGACCGAAACGAUGGAGUUCAUGAACAGCAGAAGAAUGUUCGAUGAUAAGAAUGAACUUGAUAUUGUAUCCCACGCAACUUUGAUCAAAUUCCUUCUCAUGGGAACACGAAGUACACCGAUUCAACAAAUCCUGGGACCCUAUGUUGCUGAACCUGAGAAACAACUUAUUUCACUCCAACAUGGAUACAUCCACCCCCACGCAUUCAAAUUGACUGGAUAUUUACUUGGAAUUAUUCGAUCUCUAGGUCCUUCAGUGAAAGACGUGGCUGGCAAUCUGGGUCAAGUCGAUGAGUGGUCCCAUGGGGUCCAAACCAACUACGGAGACGAUCUUGGAAAUGCCUGCAGGCAGAGCGACGAUCUUAUAGGGGCCAUCUUGGACAAAGAGAACGCGGGCAUUGGGCAGAUGUGCUUUAACCAGUCUAGUCUUGUCACCUGGGAAGAUCAGAUAGAUUCUAAUUAUUCUUUGACGGACUUGCUAAAUUGGAUUGAUCGAAACAAGCAUGCAUUGGGGUCUAUUGAAAGCACCCCGAACCACUCCGACCAUUCAUCACAUACUACAACCACGGACUCUACAGAUGCAGAAACUCUCCUGUACUAGCUUUGGACCGGUCGUCACUUCGACCAGAGUCCUGAGUGGAAAAUGGGGGUCGUUUCAAGCCGAGCAGCAUUGGGAGACAUUAUAUGCUGGGUUGGAGGCACCAAGACGGCCUUGGUCGUGAGGCCAACAGGGAGGCGAAAGGAAUAUAGAUCGACUGAAUACGCGAAAUUUCAAGUAAUCGGUACAGCCGUCAUUGCCGAAGACAUUGCGGACUCAACGAUUGAUCAUUAUCGGAGACUGAAUAUUCAGGGUGUGGGUGGCCUGGGCCACUAUCAACAGGAAGCAAAACUGAGAGGAAAAUUGUCUUUAAUGUUGGACGCUCGUACCCUCUACGUAAUUCUACUUGGAACUCAGCAUUGAGCUGGUCGCAAACUUUUUUCAUUAAUGAUUUCCUUCUCUUUCCUACCAUGAUCCAGUUGUUGUUUAUCAUACUCAAAUUGAUGCAUAAGAUCAGUACCUUCUCUUGGAUGAUUAUUGAAUGAAGAGUAAAUUGGCAUG